UCACGAACUCUUUCGGAGACAGACACAGAAGUCAGCGAGUGCACCAUAAAUGUAGAAACCCCUCAAAUCAAAACAAAACCAUACAACACAAAUCGUAGAUUGAAAAAAAAAUAAUAAAGAAUCAGAAAAAAUGGGUUCUGAGAACAAAGAAGCCCCAGGUGGAGAACUUAACAAUUCGUCUCCUUCGCCCUCUUCUUCUCAUGCUUGGAAAAGUCGAAUCGUUAUUCCAACCCUUCUCGCAGGAGUUGCUGGUGCUGGAGCUGGGUUGAUUUCAAAGCAUCGAAGAACUCUUGGUCUUGCUACUGUGUGUUCUAACUAUGCUGUGAAUUUCACCAUUGUCACCGGGUGCUAUUGUGGGGCACGCGAAUUUGUGGCUGCAACUAGAAAAACGGGACCUGAUGACAUAUUGAAUUCUGCAGUAGCUGGAUUUGGAACUGGUGCUCUUCUAGGGCGUCUCCAAGGUGGUCAACUUGGUGCAAUCCGGUACUCUGUCAUGUUUGCUGUUGUGGGGACAACAGCAGAUUUUGCUAUACUGAAACUGAAGGAUGCUUUGAGAGAUCACACUAAAACAAUAUACCAACACAUUGAGAAUUCAAAGAAGAGUGGAACUUGGUUAAAAUUGCCGGAAUGGUUCCCAAUCCAAGUACUUGACGAGGAAGCUCUUGCUGCAAAACGUGCUCAAGAAGAGCAGUUCCUUCAGCAGAGGGCAAGGAUUCGCAGCCUAAGGGAAGAAGAAUCUUGAGAACUUCAAUUUUUUGUGGAUGUAUGCGCUCAUCUUGGAGUAAGGCAAACUCCCACCCCCUAAAGCUUUUGUACCCAAUUUUAUUUUAUUGAAUUAGUUUAUAAUAACAUACUUUUCUAGCUGAUGAGCAAUGGCUUCAGCAGAGAUGUUGAAAAUGUUGAGAUUGAAAUUUCAGUAUUCAUUUGGAAUGUCUAUUGAUUUUUCCCUUCUAAGGGUAGACAAUGUCAAGUAACUACAUGAGAAAAGUCUAUAAAUAGUUGAAAAGAUUGUUUUGCUGUAUUUUGACCUUUACAAUCUCCAUAAAAUUGCUUCAUAUGGCAUUUGUACUCUAAA